AUGGGCUCGCCCGGCGGACGCAGCGCCGUCGUCAUCGCGUGCUGGUACACCGCCAACGUCGGCGUGCUGCUGCUGAACAAGUACAUCUUAUCCGUGUAUGGGUUCCGAUUCCCGGUGUUCAUGACGCUGUGUCACAUGUGCAUGUGUUCGGUGUUAUCCGCGGCGGCGAGAGAGUUUAAGAUCGUGCCGAAACAGUUCAUACGGACGAGGCGACACUACGCCAAGGUGGCGGUGCUGGCGGUGACGUUUGCGCUGUCGGUGCUGGGAGGAAACGUGUCUCUGAGGUACAUUCCAGUGAGCUUCAAUCAAGCGUUGGGAGCGACGACACCAUUCUUUACGGCUAUUUUUGCGUAUCUCAUGCUGCGUAAGAAGGAAACGACGGCGACGUACAUGACGCUCAUCCCCGUCGUCGGGGGCAUAGCCGUGGCGACGUGGGGCGAGCCGAGUUUCAAUUUUAUUGGGUUCUGCGCGUGCCUCGUCGGGGUGUGCUGUCGAGCGUUAAAAUCGGUGUUACAAGGAUGGCUACUGACUCCAGCGGGGGAAAAGGAGGCGGAGAAAAUGUCCAACUCGAACGAGAACAAGCUCGACAGUAUGUCGCUUCUGUACUACAUGUCGCCGGUGGCCAUCGUGACGCUCGGAAUUUGCACUUUCAUCAUGGAACCAGACGCAAUAUCGGCAUUUUAUGACGCGGCUGAGAUGAAUCCGCCAUUCAUUGCCAUUCUCUUAGGAAACUGUUUCGUGGCGUAUCUCGUCAACCUGACGAAUUUUCUCGUCACGGCGCACGUCGGCGCGCUUUCGCUUCAAGUUCUCGGCAACGCGAAGGGCGUCGUGUGCACUAUCGUUAGCAUCAUGCUCUUCCGUAACCCGGUGACGUUUCGCAGCGUAGCUGGAUACACGAUUACUAUGGUCGGUGUUUGGCUUUACUCGUCGAGCAAGCGGCGUAGCGCCCGUUUGCAGGUCAUCGAGAACGCCAACAAAAACUUAGCCUCAAAGGUGUAG